AUAGAAAGAUUGCCGAAACUUACACGUGUCCUGAACAGAAAGUAAACAAAAGGACGCUACAGGAGACGUGGUGCGUUGUCCUGGCCUUUUUUUUAUUUUUGUUUAUUUCUCCAGACGGGACUGCCCGAACUACAUCCAGGGCACUGCAGGUGUUCCAGAAGGUGCAGCAUACAGCCACAGAGAUGAGUAUGAUGACACCCAGCAUUGAUCUCAGCUCCUACCGCGACCAGCACUUCAAGGGGUCACGGGCGGACCAGGAGCGCAUGUUACACCUCUCCACCACCUUGUACGUGGGUAACCUGUCCUUCUACACCACGGAGGAGCAGCUGUACGAGUUGUUUGGCCGUGCUGGUGAUGUCAAGAAGAUUGUCAUGGGCCUUGACAAGUUUAAGAAGACACCAUGUGGGUUUUGCUUCGUCGAGUACUUCACCAGAGAUGACGCAGAGAUGUGCAUGCGCUUCAUCAACGGAACUCGGCUGGACGACCGGAUUGUGAGGACAGAUUGGGACGCUGGAUUUGUGGAGGGACGGCAGUAUGGAAGGGGCAAGAGUGGGGGGCAGGUGAGGGAUGAGUACAGAACAGAUUACGACAGUGGCCGAGGAGGAUACGGGAAGAUUGUUCAACAGAAGAUGCUGCCCAAGCUGACCUAGGUGGUGGAGGUGGGCCAUAAGGGGUGUGGUGGAGGUGGUAGUGGAAGGGAGUGUGAGAGAGGACAUGUAGGUUAUAAGGUUUUUCUUACUCCUUUCUUGACUUGCUUUGUUUUGAGAUUGGUGACUGAAAAAAAAGAGGUUCAGAUUGGAUUGGAAGAAAGAUGAAAAGUUUGUUGAUUGAAAAAGAGUUUUGUAUUGAAAGAGAAAGUUUUCCUGAUUUUUUUUUUUUUUUUAGAGGUCAUCAAAAAAAAAUAUGGAGUUUUUAUUCUUUCUUUCUUGGAUUUGUUAUAAAAAAAAGAUCAUUAGAGUUGAAAGAAAGAUAGGAAGUUGUACAAAUUCUUCAGGGUUUUUUUUUUUUUUUGUGUGUGAAAGAAUAGUGAGAAAGAAAGAAAAAUAACCAUUUUUUUCACCUUUUGAAAUUUAUGAAAGAAGAAGAAAAUGAUGAGAAAAUACAAAAAAUGACUCUUUACCAGGAAAGUGUUAAGUAAUUUUUGAGUGUUUAGAUGAAUUUUGUGAGUCAGCUUGUGUAGAUUUUAAGUAUAACUACUCCUUGGAAAACCAAAGAUAUAAGAAAAUGUUCAAGUUCAUGCUGACUCUACAAAAAGAAAAUGGAGUUUGGAAUAAUGGAUUUUGUUGGUCAGGUUGUCAGGUCGUAGAUUUGAAGCAUAACUGUUAACUACCCAUAAGAAACUUGAAAUUUAAAAAAACGUAAAUGUUUUUAUUAGUUCUUUCAAAAGAUGUGAGAAUGUAUAGAUCUAUAGCACAUAGCAUAGAAAACUAGAAUAUUUAAAAUGUGAAAGUUUAUGUUAUUUGUCAAAAGAAAAUGGACAUUGAUCAUUUUUUAGGAGCCCUCUGAACCAAACUUUUUUUUUUAUUAAUCUCAAAAAUCAAUAAAGCAUUCAUGGUUCUGGUGA